AUGAGUGGGGCUAAUAACACUGAAGAUGUGAAAGAAAAUCUUUUGAAAAAUGUCAAAAUACAAGUAAAGAAACUCAUGGAAGAAGCUGUUAUACGUGGUUAUGUUCAUGAGGAUAGUGAAACGAUUGGUAAACUUUGUUCAUCUGUUGAAGCUGUACUACUUUAUAAAGUACGUCGUAGUAUAUUCACAUGGAUGGAAGAAGAGUCAACUUAUGUAUUAUGUCAAAAAAUUGCCAAAUUAUGUCCAGAAGCACAACAAACAUUAGAUCGGCUAAAUUAUUAUAAAGAUGCAGUUUUAAGAAAACGUAAUGAUUAUGAUGUGAACCGGCCAGUCUCCUCUUUGACUGGUUUACGUCAUAAAACUAGCCGACUGCAUCAAAACUCCAUUAUAUCAACUGAUAAAUCAUUGAAUUUUUCAUUUCGUUUAAAUGAUAAACGUAACAGUUUUCAGAAUAUUCUUCUGCCAGAUGGUCGUCCUGAUACUGUAUUUCAAAAUUUUUGGAUACGUAUUGCUAUUUAUGAAAAAGUAUUAGAUAAAAUUGUUAAAUUUUUAGCUGAUAAUACAUUACAAUAUUACGAAUCUGGUUCGAUUAUCGCUGAUCCAUGUGAUGGUCAGCUACUGAGUGAUUUACUGCGUGGUCCAUGCACUAUUGACUAUUCACAUACACGUAGAACCGAUCACUUGUACACUGAUCCACCAGUCUCGGAACUGAUACAACGUCGUGGAAUCUAUAGUAAUUUAAUGUGUAGACAAUUUGUGUACAGACCACCAAUUAGUCAAAAUGACACCGCAAAUCAGGAUAAUAUUGGCGAUUUGACAACUGAACAAUCCAAUGAGACGAUUAAAACAAACUCAGACAGUGUAAUCAAUGAAACAGUGCAACCUCUUGAACAAAUCAAUGGAAACAAUGAUAUUGUCAAUGAGUUCAAUGAUCAAUCUGUUGUUGCUGAUGAUCAUUCUCAUGGUAUUGAUAAAUUGAACAAAACGGUAUCAUCAUCCAAUCGGAUGGCGAAACGUUGCAGUUCACCGAUGAUUAGUGCGAAUGAUUUACCAAUGAAUCGUACUACAAGAACUGGUUCAUGUGCAUUUCUACCACAAAUGAAUGAAUUCAAUUCGAUGAAAUCAAAUCGUCUACUGAAGUCAUCAACUAAUAAACAUAUUGCAUUAGCUGCCAAGGAUCAUGUAGAAUCAAUGCAUCAAAGUAUACGUACACAUUUAUUAUAUGGAAAGAAUAAUGUGAUGAUGCAACCGCCUAAUUCACCCAAUCCUAUCCCGGGUUAUUUAUCUUUAAUUGAUGGGGAAUGUGGUAAACUACUCAUUCUUAAAUGGACACCGAAUUCAGCUGUAACUACUACUACAACCACUACAACUACUAUACCAUCACAAACGAAUACACCAAUAUCAAAUCAAGAAUUUCAUUUCUCUACUGAUUCUCUCACAGAUUCCAAAUUCGAUGUGGAUGAUUUAAAUGAAAAAGAAACUUACUGGGGUUAUGCAGUUCGUAUUAAAUUACCUGAUAUUAUUUAUGGACAUUAUCAUGAAUAUAAUGAUCAAUACACUUUAACAUUGAUUCGAACGGAUGGCAUACAAUUGGCACCAUUUCAUUUUUGUGCUCAAAGUCAUGUGCUAACAUUUUUGAAUUGUUUGGAACAAGGUUUAAAACAACGUGGUGGUUAUUUGGAUCCAUCUUCUGAAUUAGAAACAUCAUCGCCAGUCACACCAAAUUCCGCCACGAAAUCAUAUCGUCCAUCAAUGCCUUUAAUUUUUGUCAAUCAAAGUUCAUUAUUACCAUCUACAUCAUCAUUAAUAGCAAAUCAACAACAACAACAUCAUUCAACAUCAUCAUCAUCACAUACAACUUCGUCAAUUUUCAAUAAACCAUCAAGAUCUAGUCAAUCUGUUACGUCACUGACAUCGUCAUCCAGUUCUGGAUUGAAACAACGUAUAUAUAUGAAUAUUUUGAAAGCAUUUAAUCAUACAGAUGAUAUGAAUACUAAUACUAAUAGUAAUGAACAAGAAGAAGAAGAAGAAGGCGAAUCACGAAGGACACAUUCAUCAUCUUCGAUACCAGAAGAAAAAUUAAUUAUUCCACAUGUUUUUCUGAUUGUUUCGAAAACUAGAGAUAGUCAUACACAUAUGAAUUCUCCAAAAGGUAUAAUAAAUCAUCCCAUCACUUCACCGAUCUUACCGAAACGAAUUUCUUUAGAGGGCAUAUCAGAAGAAACUAUUAAUGAAUCGAAUGAGAUGCAUGGACAGUUGAACAGUCAAAUAUCAUCUCAACAUGAAAAUGUUUUUCAUAAAUUACGUAUGAAAUUAUUAUCACAUGUAUUUCGUAAAUGGUAUAAUUAUUUUAAGAAAAUACGUAUUGUACGUAAAAAACUAACUGAUCUUGUAUCACCGAAUCUGUUAACUAUUGAUUCACCGACCAAUGCUAAAGAUGGUAUCACUAUAGAAUUAUGGAAUCAAUUAAUGACUAAAUCGAUUCCACAAAUUACAUUCAAUGAAUUUUGUCGACAUAUUUAUUUUGGUAAUUGUGAUCCAACCAUAAGAAAUGAGGUAUGGCCAUAUUUAUUAGGUUUAUAUACAUGGAAUUCAACUAUUGAACAAUUGAACGCGGUCAAUAUGGAACAAACAAAAAUUUACACGAAUGCUUUGCAUACAUGGUUACGUGUUGUAGAAUAUUUAAAACAAGAUGUACGUUAUGCUAGUUUUGUGACAACUGUUUCAUCACCAUCACCAGCACCAGCACCAGUUGUUGCCAGUGAAGUUGAGAAAGAUUUAAAUCCGACGGAAUUGCUAUUAUUGAAUGGCGAAAUGAAUUCACAAAAACAACCGAAUAACGUAGACAAUACUGUCGAUGGAGAAGAACUAAAGAGCAAUGUGAAAAAUGACAAUGUUUCAUCUGAUAAUAGUUCCUCAAUGUGCACGGGAACUACAACACUUCUCGAUAUAACUUCCGGUUCUAAAACUCCAAAUCUUACCAUCAGUCCACCUUCAUCUGUCAAUAGUACAAUUCCAAGUCAAUGUGAAUUUUCGCCAAACACACUAGAAUUGUUUGCUACCAAUUUAUAUCGAAUUGAUAAAGAUGUGACAAGAUGUGAUCGGAAUCAUACAUUCUUCAUGUCACCAAAAAAAGAAUCUCAAUCAUCAUUACAAAAUUUCGUUGAAUUAAAUGCUAAUCUCAUUAAAUUACGUAAUAUCAUUUCUACAUGGGUAUGGUUACAUUUAGAUAUUGGUUAUAUACAAGGAAUGUGUGAUCUGUUGGCGCCAAUUUUAAUCAUUUUUCAAAAUGAAAUUCAAUCAUUUGCUUGUUUUAAUUGUCUUAUGAAAUGGAUGUUACCAAAUUUUCCAACUGUCAAUAAUAAUGGCUCAUCUCAAUUGAUGGAUACAAUCAAAUUGACACCAAAUGAAACAUUGAACAAUGAUAAUAAUAGUAAUACUAUUACUAAUAAUAAUGACAGUUCAACGACACGUACAACUUUAUUACAAUUAGCUGUGAAAGCAGCUCGUCGACGAACUAUCACAAAGUAUAGUCAAGAUGAUACUACUCUUACUACUACUAAUACUACUGAUAACGAUGAGACAUUAGGUUGUACAAAUAAACUCAAAGAAAGAUCUCUGUCGAUAUCAUUGUCCACACCUUCGUCACCAUUGCAGAAAAUUAUUGAUUUAACAAAUGAACUCAUGGAACAGUCAUCAUGUCCUGACGAUACUACUACUACUAAUAAUAAUAACAGUAGUAAUGAUCAAAAUUCAGAUGUUAUCAAAUCACCAUAUGAUAAAUUAUUGUUUAAUUCAACAGAUUUGUCAAUACCAUGUAUGGAUUUAAGAUUUUCUUUUUUACAAUCCUUAAUUGAGAUUUUUGAUCCAGAAAUGAAUAAUCAUUUAGCGAAAAAAUUACCAGAAGGACAAUUAUUUUUUUCAUAUCGUUGGUUAUUAUUAGAUUUUAAACGAGAAUUACAAUAUGAUGAUAUAUUUCCUGUAUGGGAAACAAUUUGGGCAUCACGUCGAUUAGUAACUUAUGAUUUUGGUAUAUUUUUUGCUUUGGCAUUAAUUGUAUAUUAUCGUGAUAUAAUUAUUUAUUAUAAUAUGGAUAUCACAGAAAUUAUUCGAUUUUAUAAUGAAUUAACAGAACAACACGACUGUGUCACUUUGUUAGAAUUGGCACGUAGUUAUGUAUUUCAAUUACAACAUUUAUUGGUCGAUGAAUGAUCGAUCACUCUGUGUAUGUGUGUACGUAUGUGCGCGUGCGUCUAUCACUUUAAUUUUUAAUUUUAAAGACAAAAUAUCCAAUCAAAAUUAUUAUUUUAUACUUUGUUUUUCUCUCUCUAAUUUUAUUGGUGAAUUUAUCGAUCAAGAUGAUCUUGUUUUCCAAAAAAUUGUUUUUUUUUUCAUUUCAAAGAUAAAUUGUAACUUUUUAUUGUAUAACUAACUAACUAACUCACUGACUAACUUUGUUUUAUAUUUUGUCCAAAGAUCCUUUUUAAAACAAUGAAAAAAAAUUACAAAUAUUUGUAAAAUAAACUUUCAUUGACAUGAAAUGUGAUGAUAUAUAUUUUACAAAUGUUUCAGGUGUGUAUUUCAGUCCAAAGAAUCAUUUCUUGCCUUUUUAAAAAAAAAAAUCACUUUCUUUUCAUGAAUACUAUUGUCUUUAUCAUAAAAUUCUGAUCUUGUCAAUAUACUGAAUAUUGAA